GCAUGUGUUGGGUGAGAAUAGUCAAGUGAAUGAUCUUUUGUCAACAUCAGCUGUGAACUGUAAAUGUUCUCAAAGCCGCUGAGUAGACUAAGGCUAGUGCUAGUUCACCAAGAAGUAGAAAGAUUUCUCCAUGUCAAGUGAUACAGCGAUAUGUUUGACAACUACGUUAGGAAGUAAAGGAAAACAUAUAUCCGAGAUAAAGAAGACCAUUCUACGGCCCCUUAUCCAACUGGCGGUGAAAGCUAUUGAGCAGGAGCACAUCGAGGAUGGCAUCCUCGACAGAUUAUCCGAAAAAUACAACUUACCACCGGAAAAAGUCGAUGAGUGGUAUUCGACAGUUCUCACAAUUUUUAAAGCUCACCUGAGAUCUGCCAAUAGUCCUAUGAAGACUGCGGACUUCAAAGAAUGUCUACAAGAAUUAAAAUUUGAAAAUAGUUGCAUCGACGACUUGUGUGCGGUACUGUAUGGGCAUAAACGACCCGCCCUGAUCCACGCUCUAACAGAAAAAACUAAAUUUUUUCCAAUGUUGAAGGCUUGCCGUUGGAGAAUUGAUGUAACGAUAUCUUCCAGUUAUCUGUCUCGAGUCUUGGAACCCACAAUUUUGAUGGAGUGGACAUUGAGUUCAGGACAGCGAUAUAUGUUUGAACUGAGUAUGGCUAAAUUUCAUUUACUGAGGCACACAAUAGCAAGUUUACUUCUAAGAAUGCAAGAACUUGAAAGUACGACUGUAUCAAAAGCCAUUCCUGUCAGCUAAGAGUCUCCUAUAGAAUUUAUACGAUAAAAAGUUAAACCAGAAGAAUAUAUAUUUCUAAUGAAAUCAUGAAGAACAA